UUUACAGGAUGCUUUCCAGAAAUCUCUCGUCGCUAGGUAGUUUUUCUCCACUGCCGUCGCUGUGUCGUUUAUCUCCGUUGCUGGGCAGUUUAUCUGCGGCUCUGAAGCGUACCACGCUACCCAUCUAUCGCCCUGUCCCCAAGGCAACCGAGAUCUUGAAACCAGGGGAAGGGUUUGAUGAUGUUGUCAGGAACUUCAUCUCAAGGGAUGUUGGUUAUGCUCAGGCGGUGUCCAGGUUCGUCUCCAGAGCAGCUCGGCCGCAUGAAGAGGAGGCAGCGGCGCUGGACGAGCACGAAAGCGCGUGCUUAGAUGCCAUUCUUUCGAGAUGGCAUCCCUCUGAUCCGGACGAGACGCUGUUCCUGGUGCUGGCACUCUGCUACAUCGCCCGCCUCUCCGAUGCCCAGAGGAGCGCGUGUGCUGCGACGCUGGGUUGGGAUGGCGCGCGAACGCAGAUGGACUGCAUGGUUGAUUUCGCUCGCCGCGUGCUGCUCUCGCGGACUGGACUUACAAGCCUUGCCUCGCUAGACGCAUCGAAGCAAGAUGGGGAGGUGACGGAGCACCUGGAGCGUUUGUGGAGCGAGUUUUGCAAGGACAGGAACAUCGAAGUGAGUUCCACUGAGGUGGCGCGCAACAUUAUUGAUAUGGAUCUCUUGCCGGCAGAGCCUUACCGCAAGCCUUGCAAUGGGGAAUUCAGAUGGCGAUGCAAAGGGGAGGCGGAGGAGAAGUGGAGCAUCAAAAUGUCCCCUUUGAGUACCACGUUUACGGGGGAAGUGCCAAAGCUACUGGACUUGGUGUCCAAAGUUGUAAUGUGCGACUUCUUCAGUUUUGUCCCAGUGGAAAAUCUGGGGUGGAACAUGAGAUCGGUUGUACGGGACCGAGCUCGACAAGACCAAGUAAAACUGGUUUACUCGCAGCUUGCGGGACAUCGAGUCCGGCUGCCUCACCCGUAUGUUGAAGUGGACUCCGUAGAAUCUGCACCUCUGCGGGUCAAGGAACUGGUACUGCUGCUCGAAGGGAUCCACAACAACAAGCUCCUGCGAUCGCUUGCUCUCGAGAGGCCACCGUUGUCUGUGUUGCCGCACUAUCAUGCCAUCUCGACUUGCACGCAGCAUGCUCGCAUCUGGCUUGGACGCUACGACCUCCGAAUCUAUUACGACCACAACUUGACGUAUGGCCGGCUUGGGACACAGGAUUCUAGCACGCAAGAGGAGGAGGAGGUUCUAGCAAAUGGUUUCUGCAAGGAGCGGACUCCGUCCUUCAUGGAGAAAGCUGUAAGGGACUGCACGGUGGAAGCCAUGUGGUUGGUCCCCGACGAAAAGGGAUGGCUAAUGAACAUGCGGCCAGUGGACUACGAUUUCGCGAAGCCACCGGACACAGUGAUGUGGCGCGCUUAUAGACAGUACGUUGGGCAUCCCGUAGUGGUUCCGGAAGAUCUUCAAAUCCAGUUUUUACUCCUUCCCACUAUCGAUUAUGAAUACACCCGGUUCCUUGGCCGGGAGACCAAGUCGAAGCACAGCAGAGAUCAUCUCUUUCCACCGGCGAUCGAGGAAUUCUCAACGGAGGACCUCAUAAGAGACGACAUUCCAGUACCACCAGUUGACAUUCCAGUAAGCUCUUAAAUAUAAACUAGAAAGUUGUGAAGGACAA